AUGCUCGGGGAUGAUUAUGAUGACUUCCUGGACGACGAGGACUUCUCCUGGGAGGCGACGAGUUCUUCACCUGGGAACACUCCCGGGCUCUGUGGUUCCUCCAUGCAUGAGCUUGCCGCUGCCUUUCCUUCACCUCCGAAGACCGCGCCCGAGUUCCCGCUCUCGUUGUCCGCCCUCGAUCGUGACGCGCCACCCGACCUACCGCUGCCUCCUACCCCGCCCUUCCUCAGGACCGCGCGGAGUCCACACGUCUAUGCGAAUGGAGGCCUUGGGGACAAUCGGAUGACGACAUUCGAUCCCGAGGAAAGUAUGGCGCGGCUGGAGUACGCCUACUUCUUUGACGAUGACGAGGAGGACAUGGAGGACAUGGAGGACAGCGAGGGGAGUGGGCGCGACCUCGUCAAGAAGUGCUGUUAA